AUGCUGACAGAAAGGUUUCUCCGCUGUUUGAAUAGUCACUGUUUUCGGAAUUUUGAAUUGCAGAAGUCCAGUGUGAUUGGACGAACUUGGGCGCCGGAAGCCACUGAAUACGAGAAGAAUGUCGGACUAGAUAAGGUCUUCGAGAGGUCUCUGCGGCAACCGAUGUUGCCGGAUCUGAGCGAAACACACGAGAAGCCGCUGCACUAUUAUGUGCUGAACUUUGGGCCGCAGCAUCCGGCGGCGCAUGGGGUCCUGCGCUUGAUGCUGGAGCUGGAUCACGAGAUGGUCGUAAAGGCAACACCACAUAUCGGUCUGCUGCAUCGCGGCACCGAAAAGCUCAUCGAACACAAGACGUACACGCAGGCAGUGCCGUAUUUCGAUCGCAUGGACUACGUGUCGAUGAUGUGCAAUGAAACUGCAUUUGCCCUGGCUGUUGAGAAAUUGCUGGGAAUCGAUAUACCGCAAAGAGCCAAAUUCAUUCGAACACUUAUGAAUGAGCUAACACGAAUCCAGAAUCAUUUAAUGGGUAUUACGACACAUGCGUUGGAUUUAGGUGCAAUGACACCGUUGUUCUGGAUGUUUGAAGAGCGAGAAAAAAUGUUUGAAUUUACGUAA